AUGGAUAACAGCACACAGCUCACUCCGGGGAAAUUCCUGGGGUUUGUCCCCAACACGGAGCCUCGGGUGGCGGGUUUGGGAUUCCAGCAAUUGGUCACUUGUAUUUGCUUGUUGCUUCCGGUCUACGCGUUUCUGGUUUCGCAGCUACGAUUUCGAUACCUCCAGCGACUAUAUCAAAAAUACCCCUAUACGACGCGAGAGUCUUUCUCUCGCAUGACCGACGAUGAAGCCUGCGAGAUACAAAAAGGCUUGGUUCAGCUGGAGUUCCCCUUUCUUUACCUCAAAUCACUCCAAUUUGCUCUUUUCAGGACAUAUGGUAUCCCGACCAUCUCGACAGUGCUCACAAAUACAGCCCAAUUCUCCAAGCCCGAAACUUCCCUGAAACGCUACGCUGAUACAGUAGCACUAGUUCAGGAAAUGGUAGGCCAUGCGCCAACCUCUCGUCGUGCUUGCACUUCUAUUGCACGCACCCGUUGGAUCCACAGCAGCUAUCGCGCUUCCGGCAAGAUCCUGGAAGAUGAUAUGCUGUACACACUCGGCCUCUUUGCCAUUCAGCCAGUCAGAUUUGUGAAAAUGUAUGAAUGGCGGGACCUGAGCGACCUUGAGAAAUGUGCCAUCGGUACCUUUUGGAAAAGUCUGGGCGACAGCUUGAAUAUUAGCUAUGAUGCCCUCCCGUCAGGUAAAACCGGAUUUCGCGAUGGUCUUCAUUGGCUGGAGGAAAUGAUGGCCUGGAGCGACGACUAUGAGGUUCGUUGCAUGGUACCUCAUGUCAACAACCGUGAAGUGGCCGGACAGACCAUCGCAGUGCUGCUGUACAUGCUUCCCCAGUCACUGCAGUUCUUUGGGAUGAGAUUUGUCUCGUUCAUGAUGGACGAUCGCUUGCGGAAAGCCAUGUUGAUUGACCCUCCUCCGGCUUUUGAUGCUAAGCUGUUCUCGUUACUGUUCUCCGCUCGUCGUUUUGCAUUGCGGUAUCUUGCGCUACCCCGCCCUUAUUUUCUGCGGUAUGUUAGUUACACCGAUGAUUACAACAAGAACGGCCGCAUCUACAUGACCAACUGGGAUGCUGCCCCUUACUAUGUGGAGCCGACUUUCCGGAACCGCUGGGGUCCGGUUGCGUGGUUGACUUGGGUGCUUGGUCGGCCUUUGCCGGGAGACGAAGGGGACAAGUAUUAUCCAAAGGGGUAUGAUAAUCUCGAUGUAGGCCCCAAGUAUUUCGAAGGUAAGGGCCGUCAGGGUAUGGAGGACAUUAUGAAGGAGUUGGAAACCACACGACGGGGCCAGUGCCCUUUCCACUGA